UCAGCCACAUCUCAUCUCCUGUUCUUCACCUCACCUCGUCAUCGUCGUCGUCGUCAUCAUCACAGAUCAGAGGAAAGGCAAGGCUGCGGAGGGAGUGACGCCACGCGACGGGAUGGAAUAAUCACCGGGCACAGGAGGAAAGCUGCCGUCGGACCACCCGCCGGUGGGGCCCGCCCGUCCAGGCCAGGACGCCUGCGCACCCAGACCCCGAGCGCGAGAGCCGAGAGCAGACUGCCAACGGCAAGGGACCAAGGCGCGCACGUGGCUCCCGCCCUUAUCCCUCUCGGCAUCCCCCCAGCCUGCCAUGGCCGCGGCCGCCUUCCUCUUCGCCCGGGCGGCGCCCGCGCUGUCCCGCCGCCUCGUCGUCUCCUGCGCGGCCGGGCAAGAUGCAGGUGCCGGUGGAGCGGAGUUCCAGGGCAAGGUGGGGUUCUUGGGGCUCGGGAUCAUGGGCGCACCCAUGGCAUCCAACCUCGUCAAGGCCGGGUGCGAUGUUACGGUGUGGAAUAGGACCAAGAGCAAGUGCGAUCCUCUCCUCAGCCUCGGUGCCAAGUACGAGCCUUCGCCAGCCGAAGUCGCAUCGUCCUGCGAUGUGACAUUUGCGAUGCUUGCUGAUCCGGAGAGCGCGGCUGAGGUUGCAUGCGGGGACAAUGGAGCUGCAGAAGGGUUGGCCCCAGGCAAAGGGUAUGUCGAUGUGUCGACGGUUGAUGGUGCUACAUCUAAGUUGAUAGGCGAACGUAUUACAAGUACCGGAGCAUCUUUCCUUGAGGCUCCAGUUUCAGGAUCGAAAAAACCGGCAGAAGAUGGGCUGCUGAUCUUUCUUACUGCAGGUGACGAAUCCUUGUAUAAGAGAGUGGCGCCCCUCCUUGAUGUCAUGGGGAAGUCAAGAUUUUAUCUCGGGGAUGUUGGCAAUGGUGCAGCAAUGAAGCUCGUGGUUAACAUGGUCAUGGGGAGCAUGAUGGUCUCCUUCUCAGAAGGGUUGCUCCUGAGUGAAAAAGUCGGCUUAGACCCAAAUACUCUCGUCGAGGUUAUUUCACAAGGUGCAAUUAGUGCCCCCAUGUUCUCCCUGAAGGGCCCAUCCAUGGUUAAAGUUGCAUAUCCAACUGCCUUUCCUCUGAAACACCAGCAGAAGGAUCUGAGGCUUGCAUUGGCCCUGGCAGAAUCGGUAUCCCAGUCCAUUCCCACGGUUGCAGCUGCGAACGAGCUGUACAAGGCGGCGAAAUCGCUCGGCCUCUCUGACCAGGACUUCUCAGCGGUUAUUGAAGCGCUGAAAGCCAAAGCGCAGAGCUCGCAGCAGUAGGAAAUGUGCUUCAUGAGGAAGUUGAAACUUGCAGCAGCUGCAACCGUAGUUUUUGCCUUCUAAUUGAUCACGAGGAAGUUGAAACUUGGAAGUUUCUCUCAAGAUGACUACAGAAAUUUUUGCUUGUUUUGCAUAGACUGAACAAUAAGAAUGUUAACUGAUAAUACAAGGCCUGCAAGUCAGCAGCACCACA